GGCCGGCUGAAGGUGCCCGAGGUGCCUCAGGUCCCAGCGAGCGGGAACGGGGACGAAAUCCACCCCAGGAGCCCCUACCCGGGGUGUCCCGGGCAGCGGGACCGAGCGGGCACUGCAGCUCACACCUGGGCUCCCGCUCGGGUGCGUGUCCUGCAGGGAAAAUCUCUGGGGUGACACCAGCAGCAGAGGUGAAACCUUCUAGAAUGAGUCUUAAGGGCGCUGGGAAGGUUUUUGCCUCUGUACCUUGUACGUUCCAUUUGUAGAGUGGGUGUUUUUAUUCAGUCUGUAGCAGUGCAGUGUCAGGCUGUCUUAUGUGUUCCCCAGAUGCAAUCAGCAGUAAUCAAGUCUCAGGAUUUGCAUUUUUUAAGUAAAUAACUGGGCUAGAACAGUUGUUGCUGGAUCUCUAGCACCCCCAGCAUACUGUGGGGAACAAGAAUGGGUUGUUUUGGUGCGGGAUGCUAAAACGGGGUAGAAAAUCAUUGUGCAGACCCUUGGGCGCAUAUUAAUUAAGAGCAUUCACACAAUAAAGUGUCAGGAUCUUAUUUACAUAUAUGUAGCUCUGAUAACCUUCUCAGCAUCUCCAUAUUGCAUUAGCUAAUUUGUUUGUUCUCAGAAACAUUUGAAAGCUUUUUAUUAUAAAAGGGAGCUUCAGUUCUAUCAGCUGUAGUUAAAUGUUUCAUAAUAUGUUUGCAGCAGAGUGUGUAACAUAUAGGGUGGACUGAGUGGUCUUGUAGAUAGAUACAAGGCAUGGUCAGGUUGGGCUUUUCUACCUUUAAUUUCUUAGGUUUGUUAGCUUUUAAUUCAAACACCAUUGCUAAUAGAUUUCUUUGUAAAAUGUUUCUUUGUUAAGGAGUUUUUAUGCAAUAAGACAACAAAAGGCACAAGGUAAAAUGCCAAAGCUCUGCUUUAAGCUUAUAAUUUUCUGUGUGAUGAGUUAAAUUGUUGUUUCUGCUUGAAGGUUUGCCUGUUCAAACACUUUUUCCACAUGCAAAACAAUCAUGGUUAAAACCCCCAAAGUAGCGAAUAAUUUUUUUUUUCUUUUAAAGUCGUAUUUUGAAGAUUCCUAGGCCAGGUAGCCUGAACUCACUCAGAGGACCAUGGGUUGUAAAUGUAGGGGAUGAUCAAUACUCAUGGUAAUCAUGACCUAAACUGAGUGCUUGCAGUUAAGAUUUGACAUGGGUAUCUCAACAGAGAAUUUAUGUAGUAACAAGUAGAAGCUUUGGUCUAAGUGCAGUUGAAGGAAUUUAUUGUGUCUAUUUGGGGCACGUACUGUGCUUAUCAUUAUUCUCACUCGUUGCAAAUCUGAUUUACUCUCUCCUGUAAUAAAAAGUAAAAGGUAUUUACCUAUUUUGCAUCAAAGUGCUGCUUUAUCUUCCUUUCCUCUGUGGACUUUCUGGUUGUGCUGAUAAACUGUGCCUGGAUUUCCUCUUCAGUUUUGUUUCUCCCAUGGAAAUCAGCUGAGUCUCUCUAUAGGUACUUCUGGUUAUGAAUUUGGACAGACUGUGCCUGUAUUUCCCCAGGUAGGAGCUGCUUUUGACUUGUUUGACCAUACUUUUCAAUUAAUCUAAUUUUCCCUGUACUUGUGUUUAUCUACACUUGGUUCACUUUAGUCUUGAUUGUCUCUCGAGUGUCUUGUUAUUCUUGAAGCACUUUUUCAUUGUAACAAUGGGCUUUGUUUAUUAACACUCCUUUUCUCCCUCAAAUUUAUCUCUCUAAUUUCACCAGAUGGCAAUUCAAGUACCAGACUUUUCUCUCAAUCCUGGGAAGGUUCAGCCUUUCUCUUCUUGUCUAUCUCUAGUUUGAGAGAACUAGUUUGAGGUGUUUGCAGUGGCUCUGCUGUUCUGUCAGUUAGACCUGUAAUCCAGGUAUUGAUUGUCAUGGCUGUGAUUUCACUUUGGCUUUUCAUAUCCAAACGAUGUCAAAAUUCUUCUGUUUUUUUUUCCUUACCUGCCCAGCAUGCCUGUCCUCAUCACUCUUUGUCCUUGUUUCUAUCAUCUAACUUGUUACUUCAGCUCCAAGUUAAAGUCCAUCCUAGACAAAAGCCAUCAUGUCUUGUUAAUGAGAGUGCUGCCCAAACAUCAUCUUGCAUGUUUCUCUUUUCUUUCUGUCCCUUUACUAUUCCCCCUUUUAAAAAAUCAAAUAUAAAGUUCUUAGCUUUGUUUCAAAUCUUUCCUGAUAUACCUUGAAUGUUAACUUAGGUGGGAUUAAAUAAUCGUCUCUCUGUUGAGGCUGAUUGAGUGGUGCUGUUUACUGAACUUCAAACAAGCAACUUUGGAAUUUUUCCAUGAAUGCUUUUCCUGAUGCUUGGAAGGUGCUGGAUAAAUCCAUGAAAUCACUUAAAUCUUCAUUUUUGAAAGCUUUAAUUUCUCCAUAGUCUUAAAAAAAAAAAAAAUUAGCAGACAUUUGCUGAGAGCAAUCCAUGUGUGCCUAGAAUUUCCAAAAAUGUGAAAAGGAGAGGGAAAAAAAUGUGCUGUUUUGUUGCAUUAAUGGAUGUUGUGUGUAUUUCAAGUGUUGCAUAAAAAAAUUACAGAUGGACCAGUGUUUAGUAACUUAUUUGUCUUUCAGACACUGAAUCUCUGAGUUCACAUUCUGUUUCUUUCCAGAAUGUUUCUGUACUGCAGUGCAGGUGAGAGGACAGACUAGGGGAAUGUUGAAUGGGAGCAGUAGCUGAUAAAUAAAGGACUGAGUAAGAUAUUCAGUAAUAUACUGAAAUUACAGUAGAUAAAACUAUCUUGAAUGUUUGUAAAAGUGCUUUUGGCUUAUGUCUCUUUAACAGUUAAGGGGUUGCAACAAAUAAGAUAUUUGGGAAACUGUUUCCAUAGUGUUUAAUCAGAUUUAACCAGAGGAAGUUCAAUUGUGUUCUUGUAUUUCACCAGUCACUUGCUUUCCCUUACCAGAUCUGGGUGCAGAGCAGUACUUACACAUAAGAUAGAGUUGGUUUUUGGUGGGGAUACUCAUAAAAAUCCAACAUUGAUGCAGGCUGGUUUCUGCAUAUGCAGGUUUCUGUGUCAAACAGAGAAUUAGCUGGAUUUUGUCAGGAGUCUACUUUUAAACUCAUUUUUUCUUUUUUUUAAUUUUUUUUGGAACCCUGGAAAGUGUCCUGGUCUGUAUUUCUGAACCGUGCCUCCUCCUGAGGAUGGCUGGGCAGUUCUCUGAAGGCAGCCUUGACAAAGCUGUAUCAGUUGCUGACCUUGCCCAGAUCAAAUUAGGUUUUUAAGCUUUGAGCUGUUGAAGAGAAGAUCCUUCCUCUCUCUUUCUCAUAGGAUCCAGGGAGGAAUGGAGACUCCACUGGAUGUGUUGUCGAGAGCAGCAUCUCUAGUACAUGCUGAUGAUGAGAAACGUGAGGCAGCACUGAGAGGUGAGCCCCGAAUGCAGCCCCUUCCCGUGUCCCCAGCGCUUACCAACCACCGGACGGGCCCUCCUCCCAUCAGCCCCAACAAGAGGAAGCUCAGCAUAGACCAGGGGGACGAGGAGCUAGACUGUGAAAACGACCACGUCUCUAAAAUGAGUCGGAUGUUCAAUCCACAUCUAAACAAGGCUUCCAAUGGGGAUUUCCGGAAGGAGCACCGGGAGAGGAGUCGCAGCCCCAUUGAGAGGGCAGCUGCCCCGACAAUGAGCCUUCAUGCCAAUCACAUGUACGCCUCAAUCCCAAGCUUGAGCAUGGAUCAACCUCUAGCACUGACCAAAACCAGCAUGGAUGCAACCAGGACAGUGGGCAUCACACCAACACUGACUUCUGUGGAACGGCAGCAGAACCGUCCCUCUGUCAUCACCUGUGCUUCUGCCAACAACCGAAACUGCAACCUCUCCCACUGCCCCAUCGCCCACAGCGGCUGCGGGUCCGGGCCUGCCUACAGGAGACCCUCCAGCACCACCACUGCCUGUGACCCAGUGGUGGAGGAGCACUUCCGCAGGAGCCUCGGCAAGAACUACAAGGAGCCUGAGCCAGUGGCCAACUCGGUGUCCAUCACGGGCUCGGUGGACGACCACUUUGCCAAGGCGCUGGGGGACACGUGGCUGCAGAUCAAGGCUGCCAAGGACGGCGUCUCCAGCAGCCCCGAGUCGGCGUCGCGGCGGGGCCAGUCUUCCCCUUCCUCCCACAUGGUCAAUCACAAUCACUCACCCUCCGUGGUCUCCUGAGGAGAGGACCCUUCCCUUUGUCAGUUUGCAUGGUUUGACUGAGCUUUGAACAGUGCUUAGAUAGUGUUGGGGGAGGAGAGGUUAGUUUUCAACAUUUGUUUUUGUGUACUCACUUUUUUUUUGUGAAAGGGUGCCCUUAAAGAUGAUAGCAGGAACUAUUUCAUAAAGAUUCAUAUGAUGUAGCAUCCUUUUUUCCUGCCUCAAUUACCAAAGAAACCUCUGAUGCAAAUCUGCUGCCCCUUAAGAAAAUAAUGCACGCUAAUCCACAAAAGCCAUUACACUUAGUUGGUUGACCCAAGUCCUUUUUGCUUUUCUUAGCUUCUUGAGACUAGAAUUUGUCUGGUUUGCUUACUUUGCUUUUUUUUUUUUUUUUUUUUCCCUCGGUGAAGUAAUUUUGUAUGUAUAUACUUGAAAAGAACUGUUAUGUAUGAUUUGCACUAUUGGAGGAGGACUGAAGUUGCACAGCAACUUUCUGGAAGAGGCUAAUGUUUUGUGGGCAAACUGCUGAAGAAAGGGUUUAAGGAUGACAUUUCUAUCAGUUUGAUUUUUCUUAAAGCAAAACAGCUUUGGAAGGGGAAGUCUCAUACAGGUUAUAGGUCUUUCUCUCUUUAGAUUUCAGGUGCUUAGUGCUUGCAACUGGACUGCAUAAUUUACAGAACACGGGCAUUUUUUCCUAAACACUGCAGUUUGUUAGACUAGAGCUGAGGUUGGAGGGUUCCAUAGUGCUUAACGAUGCAUGUUUUAUGAAAAAUAGCUGGUAUCUAUUAAUGUAUAGACAGUAAGAAUCAUAAUACUUAUUAGCUUUUCUUCAGAAUUAGUUUAUUUUUGUCAGUAACAAUCCUAAAUAUACUUACUGCUGGUACAGUUGUACUCUAUGGUAUUUGUAUUUGAUAUUCACUUUAGUAGCAGCCAGCGUCGAGGGCAGCUUCAGGACAGGCCUCGUGCCAGCCCUGGAGCUGGUGGCUGCUGGCACAGCAUGCUGAGCUCUGCGCAGGUCCAGCAACCCUUCCUGCCUGCAGCUCUGCUGCUUCACAGGGAUUUGCUUCCUAAACCCCAGUCUGUGUAAUCUACCCUUAACUAGCUGCAGGAACUGCUACUGUUACGGAUCUUGGCUGGACAACAGAUUGUUACAGUUUGUGACAUACGAUCUUUCUUUCUGUCUUUUUUUUUUUUUUUCCUUUUUCUUAAGCCUAUUCCUAAACCAAUGCCAAGUUGCAGCAAACAUUCCUCCAGUAGAGACUUUAUACAGGUGUUACUGCAUUUAUUAUCAUUUGCUAUAUUAAUAGCUACUAACUAGAAAUUAGGCAUGAAACCACAGCUGUGCUAGUGCUAAGAGCUUCUGUUUUUCUUGUUAAGUGUAACUACUCUCCCCCGUACAUUCCAUCUUCCCAAUACAGUUGCAACUAGGGCUUUUUUUUUUAUACUGGGUUACCUGAAACGAUUGGUUCAGUGUAGAAAGUGAGAACUAGUUGGAAGAUGAACUACACGUGAUGUAUUAUGGACUGUGUUACAGUAUUGGGUCCACUGUGGCUUUUAUUUUAUGCCUCUUUUUUUUUUUUUUUAAAGUUAAGCUAUUUAAUUCGGAAAGGGUGCAGGGUAGAAAGAGAUCAGGAGAUUGUCUUGUACUCUUGGUGAGAAGGUGGCUGCUCAGUUUUCUUUAAAAAAAAUAGAAAAAUAAAAAAAAAACAAACCCAACACCUAAGCCCCCAGUUUUACACAUUUCACUACCAUCUUACUGGGUAGUCAACGCUUCCUUGCUUUGGCAUUCAGUACCCUACUCUCUGUAGGAAGAUUGUUAAAAGAACACUUUUUUAUAUAGGUAACUUUAAGACCAUCGUUACGCUGUGCGUAAAGAAUGUACAGAGAAAUUUGUAGGUAUUUUUUGAGGAACAAUUAAUUUGUUAAUGAUAUGUAGCUAUUUAAUUUUUCCCUUUCCUUUAUUGUAAUCAUUCAUUUAUUUUUUUUUUUUGGUUGGAGAAAAAAGUUGAUCUUUUUUUUUGUUGUAGAUUUGUCUGUAAUACAGUAAAAGUGCAGGAACACAGUUAUUCUAUGAGGACACUGCAUUAGCAUUAAUAGCCACUCAUUUGUUAUUGCUAGAGGCUACUGAGCAGUAUAACAGUCAAUACUAAUACUGUAGAUGGACUCUGUGGAAAAUGUGACUCCUAUAUUUCUUUGUAAACACAAGUAAGAUAAUGUUUUUAAAGCUAAUAUUUUCAAUAAUAGCUGUUUUACAAGGUUACAUUUACUUAUCUGAGAUAGGUAAAUGGAUUUGAGGGCAAUAAGGAUUUAAUGUGCUAUGUCCAGUAAAACAUACCUUAUUGGACACAACAAUGUCAUGAAAGCCAAAGGGUUGGGGGGAGGUGGAAGGACACUAAACUGAACUCACCAUCAUGAGACGUGGUGAAGUUUCUUCACAGAGCCAGGUUAUCUACAGUUCAGUUUAAACGAUUCUGUUUUUGUAAAUCUGUAAUAUACCAUUCUUUUGUGGCCUUGUUUCACCUGGAAAAAAAAAAAAAGGUUUGGCAGGCCAUCUUUUUUUUUUGUACUUAAAAGUAGCCUUAAAGAACAAUAAAGUGCUCUUAAAUCA